GUUGGUUGUGGCUUUUACUUGUUGGGAUGUUAUUGCAUUCAUUUAUUUGUUUAUUUGAGAGAAACUUUUGAUAUAUCCUCUGCUGCUUGUUCCAUACACAGGUAUAUACCAAAUGAGUUGCGUGGAGGGAUGAUGAGCCUUUCUCUAGCCCUGCAAAUGCAGCAAUUCUAUUUGUCCUAUUGCAGGUUUCAGUACAUGGCUAUAUCGGAUGAAAGGCAAAGGAUCAUGCCAACGCCACAUGACCGUGAAGCUGGCCUAGUCCUUGACUACCCUGAAGCUGUUCUGUUGACAAAUCCAAGCAAUCCAGAGCUCACUGGGGAGGUGGAUGAUAAGUACCAAUAUUCAUGUGAUGACAAAGGCAAUCGGGUUCAUGGGUGGAUAUUCUCCAACCCGGUUGUUGGAUUCUGGAUGAUCACACCCAGUGAUGAGCUCCGUACAGGUGACCCUGUCAAGCAAGAUCUCACCUCGCAUGUAAUGACAAAUCAGGAGGCAGUGGAGUGCAUUAGGAACAUAAAGGAUGCUAAAGCAGCUGCUAAGCACCUUACUUGUUGA